GAAACACGUUGUUGAACACUUUUAUUGAUUCGAACCCCACUUCCAGUGCGUUUCGCGGCAGGACUCAACUCUAACAAAAGUGCAACAUUUUCACACUUUUAGCGCUUUAAUUGAAUUAAAACCACGUCUUCUAUUCUCAAGAGGAGGAUUACAGGUUUGCCGCCAUGUGGAUCCAGGUGCGCACUAUGGAUGGCAAGGAGACCCAUCGGGUCGACUCCCUGUCCAAGCUCACCAAGGUGGACGAGCUGCGUGUGAAGAUCGCCGAGCUCUUCAACGUCGAAGCUGAGAGAGCAACUACUCUACAGACAGGAUCACAGAUGGAAGACGGCCACACAAUCUUCGACUAUAAUGUUGGGUUAAACGACAUCGUGCAACUUCUGGUGCGUCAGAAGCUCUCGUCGGUGCCGCUGCCGAAGGACAAAGAGGCUGAGCUGUCCGACUCUGACUCUGGCUGCGGAUCGGCCCAGAGCGAGUCCGAUAAGAGCUCCACGCAUGGCGAGAGCGACGGCCAAAGCGCCGGGACCUCGGGCCAGACUGACACGCCGGAUCUCAUCGACCCUGGCUUUGGCUUUUACAAGAUCAAUGAGUUUGUGGAUGCUCGAGAUUUGAACAUGGGUGCCUGGUUUGAGGCGCAGAUUGUCAACGUGACGAAAACAACAAAGUCUUCAAGUGAAGACGGAGGAUCCGAUGAGGAAGAGGAGAUAAUUUACCACGUCAAAUAUGAAGAUUACCCUGAGAACGGCGUGGUGCAGCUGCGCGGGAAAGACGUCCGUCCGCGGGCGCGCACCGUCUACCAGUGGCACCAGCUGGAGAAGGGCAUGAUCGUGAUGGUGAACUACAACCCGGAUGAGCCCAAGGAGCGCGGCUACUGGUACGACGCCGAGAUCCAGAGGAAGAGGGAAACGCGUACCCAGCGCGAGGUUUACGGCAAGAUCCUGCUCAGAGAAGCUGGCGAUUCUCUCAACGACUGUCGCAUCAUGUUUGUAACCGAAAUCUACAAGAUCGAGGAGCCGGGAUGUUCGGAGGGUCCAGGAGCCUCUUCCGACAGCCCUCUCAAGAGGUCAAAUGGGCCUGAGUGCAAGGUCUGCAAAGACGACCCGAAGAAGAACUGCCGCAUGUGCAACUGUCACGUCUGCGGCGUGAAGCAGGAUCCCGACAAACAGCUGCUGUGCGACGAAUGCGACAUGGCGUUUCACACGUACUGCCUGAACCCGCCGCUCACCACCAUCCCUGAGGACGAGGACUGGUAUUGUCCUGAAUGCCGUAACGACGCCAGCGAGGUGGUUCUGGCCGGAGAGAAGCUGAAGGAAAGCAAGAAGAAGGCCAAGAUGGCAUCGGCGAGCUCGUCCAGUCAGAGAGACUGGGGGAAGGGUAUGGCGUGUGUCGGCCGCACUAAACAGUGCACCAUCGUUCCCUCCAACCAUUACGGCCCUGUUCCUGGAGUCCCAGUGGGAACACAGUGGAAGUUCAGAGUGCAGGUGAGUGAAUCCGGCGUUCACAGGCCUCACGUCGCUGGGAUUCACGGCAGAAGUAAUGACGGCGCUUAUUCUCUGGUUCUCGCCGGAGGCUACGAAGAUGACGUGGACGACGGUAACGAGUUCACCUACACGGGAUCCGGGGGUCGCGACCUCUCCGGAAACAAGAGGACGGCCGAGCAGUCCUGCGAUCAGAAGCUCACCAACAUGAACAGGGCUCUUGCUCUGAACUGCAACGCGGCGGUGAACGAGAAGGAAGGCGCCGAGGCCAAAGACUGGAAAGCUGGGAAACCCGUGAGAGUCGUGCGCAGCUCCAAAGGACGUAAACACAGCAAGUUCAGUCCCGAAGACGGCAACCGCUACGAUGGCAUUUACAAGGUGGUGAAGUAUUGGCCGGAAAAGGGCAAGUCCGGCUUCCUCGUUUGGAGAUACUUGCUGAAACGUAACGAUGAUGAACCUGCGCCGUGGACCCGCGACGGGAAGGAGCGCAUUAAGAAACUGGGGCUCACCAUGCAGUAUCCUGAAGGUUAUCUGGAAGCCGUAGCUGCGAAAGAAAAGGAGAAAGAGAACAAAAACGAAGACGACGAGGUUGAAGAAACGCCCACCAAAGGCAAGAGGAAGAGGAAAUCCCAGACCGUGGACGAGAAGAGCUCUCCGACCAAAAGCACACCUAAGAAGAUGAAAGUGGAGGCGUAUAAACUGAGCAAAGAGCAGAAGGCCUUGAUCAAGGACGACGAGCUCAACAAGAAGCUGUGGGACGAAGCCAUGGAGUCUCUCAACCUCGGACCUCGGUUCAUCAACAAAGUGGAGGAGGUUUUCCUGUGCAUCUGCUGCCAAGAAGUCGUCUAUCAGCCCAUCACCACAGAAUGCCAACACAACGUCUGCAGGGAAUGCCUUCAGCGAUCUUUCAAAGCUGAGGUCUACACCUGUCCGGCCUGCCGACACGACCUGGGCAAAAACUACCAAAUGACGGUGAACAAACCUCUCCAAGCCAUCCUCACUCAGCUCUUCCCCGGAUACAGCAGCGGCCGGUGUUGACGCUGAUGCUGUCGGCAUGGUGCUGCGGCGCGACAGAAUUUCAUGAACGAAACAUGGAUUUCGUUUUUUUUUUUAUAUAUUUAACAAAUGCAUCAGGUUGUAGGAUUGAUGGAAACACCUCCGCCUUGAACACCGCUACUUGAUUUGGCCCUGUUUUGUGAUCUGCCUCUAUCUAGCCACUUGACUUCUUUACGCUGUAGUUACUUCUUCCGAAUUGCGAUUCUUCGUAUUUACGAGUAAAGUGAUUCUAGUCGUGUUUUAGCUAUAGCCGCUUCAAGUGACGUAUCAUUGCCUCCUACACCAGCACAAUGAACCAUAGCUAUGCACAAUUACGAUGUUCGUUAAUAAUUUUUCGCAGCAAUUUGUCAUUACGAUGAUUUGUACGAAAACGCUGGCUCUAGAAUCCUGUUUAAAAAGAUCUCGUUGCUUCAUAAGUGUGUUGGACAUUUUUACUGUACAUCGUUAGCGCUAACUGAAUUUAAUGAAUGCUAAUAUCACAUCAAAACGCUUUUUUGCCAUUUGAUGUUAACAAGCUUUCGUACAAAUGCUAUUCAGAAUGGUUGAGUUUAAGGUGCUGUAGCAGUAGCGUGUUUUACCAUUGUUAACGUUAACUAAACUAUCUAUGCACUAUUGAGGUUUCUUCAUUUUUCACAAACAGUAAUUUGUCAUUAUGAUGAUUUGUCUGAAACCCCUGGCUCUAGAAUCCCAUUAAAACGAUCCCAUUGCAUUGCGAUUUUGGCUAAUGCUUUUUGGCAAACAGUAAUUUGUCAUUACGAUGAUUCGUCCGAAACACUGGCUCUAGAAUCCCAUUAAAACGAUCCCAUUGCAUUGCAAUUUUGGCUAAUGCUUUUUCGCAAACAGUAAUUUGUCAUUGCAAUGAUUUGUGCGAAAGCACUGGCUCUAGAAUCCUAUUAAAUUGAUCCAGCGCUUUUGCGUUUUUACUGUACCGUCAUUAGCGUUAACUAAAUUUAAAAGAAUUUUUUUUUUUUUUUUUUUUUUGCCAGCGGUUUUUCGUCAUUUAUGGCAAUGACAAGCCUUCGUACAAAUGUCAUUUAAGAUCUGUGAGUUUAAGGUGCCGUAGCUUUACUAGCGCAUAAACGUUUUUACGUUUUGGCUUUAUUAAAUAUUUUAUCGUACUGCCGUUAUUGGUAACUAAUAAAAUUUAAUCUAAAAAAAUUAUUCAUUUUAACCUAUUUACGUAAAAAAAAAACCUUGACUUAUCCUGUUUUUUUUUCUUAUCCAUUUUGAUAAGCAACUAAAUUUUAAUACCCUCUGAAAUAAAUAGAUAUUAUCCCUCUUUUUUUGUUACGUUUCGUUUAUUUGCUUUGCUGUUUAACUGCUGUAUGUGCUUUAGAAAUGGCGUGUCAUUUAUUUUUUUUUCCACUAACUUCUGCCGUUAUGCAAACAGUGGUCAUGCGCGUAAAACCGAUCCACGAUCUGCAUUUCAGGUGCUGUUUUGAGUCGAUCCUGGAUCUGGUUUUAAGCGCUCCUGGUCUGCCUUGACUUUUCGAAAGGUUUUCGAGGUGAAUCCUUGAACCGUUUUCCGCACAAACACAUACAGAUUCUCAUUCAGGAAGUAUUUAAUUGUAUCGUCUUUUUCGCCCGUUGACGUUCUUUGCUUGUUCUAAGAGUUGUUAUAGUAUUUGCUAAAUAAAAUGCCUAAGGCUGCAGAUAAUUACCUUUUUUUUUUGUUUGUUUGUUUUAUUUGUUUUCUUUAGUUAUACCUCAACCAUUUCUAAUAUUUGCAUAGACUGGAGCUGUAUAUUCUGAAAUUUGAAAUUGUAUAUUUUUAGCACUUGUAUUUAGCCAUUUUUAUGUAGUGUUUGAUGCAUAGCUAUUUUCUUGCACUGGGAUGAGUGCUAUAUUUUUCAAUAAACUGUAUUGAACUUUUUAUAUAAAAUAAAA